AUGUAUCUCCACCAAUUCGACUACCUCUUUGCCCUGGGCACAAUGUUUGCCUUCCUCGAUGCCUGGAACAUCGGUGCCAACGAUGUGGCCAACUCCUUUGCGACAUCGGUUUCCUCCCGGUCUUUAACAUAUCUCCAAGCCAUGCUCAUCGCUUCAGUCAUGGAGUUCUGUGGUUCCAUCGCGGUUGGCGCUCGAGUGGCCGACACGAUAAGAACUAAGGUCAUUGACGUUGAUCUUUUCGGAGAUAACGCGGCUCUGUUGAUGUUGGGCAUGGUGUGCGCCGUUGUGGCAUCCUCCACCUACCUGACGAUAGCAACGAGAUUUGGCAUGCCGGUUUCAACGACGCACUCGAUAAUGGGAGGGGUCAUCGGAAUGGGUAUUGCCGCGGUGGGCGCUGAUGGUAUCCAAUGGUGGGGAGGAGAUGUCAACUCCGGGGUCGUCCAGGUCUUUCUUGCCUGGGUGUUCGCUCCUCUCAUCUCUGGAGGUUUUGGUGCCGUCAUCUUCCUGAUCACAAAGUAUGGAGUCAUGCUUCGCAACAACCCUGUUGCGAAAGCGUUUGUGAGCAUUCCAAUCUAUUUUGGGAUCACAGCCGCCCUUCUCACCAUGCUUAUCGUGUGGAAGGGUGGUUCUUCUAGAAUCGACAUCAGCGACAGCGAAACAAUUGGCAUCAUUUUUGGUGUUGGUGGCGCAGUCGCCCUGCUGGUCACCAUUUUCUUCCUACCUUGGCUCUACCGAAUCAUGUUUAAGAAUGACUGGCAAUUGAGAUAUUGGCACAUACCCUUGGGACCAAUCCUCCUUCGUAGAGGCGAGGUUCCUCCGCCACCGGAGGGCUACCAGUUUGUUCAAGAUUAUUAUGCCGGCCAUAUGACCAUGGAAGAGCUCCGAGCUCACCGCGCUGCCGUGGACCAAAAGGUCAAAGAUGUCGAGGCCGACGGAGCCGCGGCUAAAGAAAGGGGCCUCAAUUCGUCCGAGGAUGUCAUUCACUCUGACAGCGAUGUUGUUGCUGCUCCCCCCGCUGCUUCCCCCGUUCCACACUCCUCCAUCGUUGGUCCUCGACCAGAAGGGCCCAACUUCAGCCCAGCCGUUCUAUUCUGGCAGUUCAAGAGGGUUUUUUUCCAUGGCGUUGAGAAGGACAUUCUCAACCUGCAGAAGAAGCGCAACAUCUUGACCGGCGAUAUCGAAACCAUCCACGCACAUGGUAAGCACUAUGACAACCGAGCGGAAUACAUGUACACAUUCCUGCAAGUCAUGACGGCUGCCACAGCUUCAUUCACCCAUGGUGCCAACGAUGUCUCCAACGCUAUUGGUCCUUAUGCCAGCAUCUAUCACAUCUGGUCCACGAACGAAGCGGACUCCAAGAGUCCUGUCCCUUAUUGGAUUUUGGCUUUCGGAGGCGCUGCUAUUGUCAUUGGCCUCUGGACCUAUGGCUACAACAUUAUGCGCAAUCUUGGUAACCGCAUUACUCUCCACUCUCCAUCUCGAGGCUUCUCGAUGGAAUUGGGCUCUGCCACCACCGUCAUAUUGGCUACGAGACUUAAGCUUCCCAUUUCGACCACUCAAUGUAUCUCCGGUGCCACUGUCGGCGUUGGUCUAUGCUCUGGUACCUGGAGGACCAUCAAUUGGCGCAUGGUGGCGUGGAUCUACUUCGGUUGGUUCAUUACUUUGCCCGUAACCGGUCUCAUUUCAGGAAUUUUAAUGGGCAUCAUCAUCAACGCCCCAAGAUGGGGUGUACCUUUGUAA